GCUUCUUCGCGGCAUUAUUGCUCGCUCGGCGUUCUCCGCGCUCGGACCCGGUGAUCUGUCAAUUCUCCCUUUUCUCCCUUUUUCGAGCGUCGACGACCGUGGAGGACCCGGGAACGCCGAGGUGCUCUAGCGGCCGUUCUCGUACCGCCGCUCCACCCUCGCGAUCGCGUCAAAUUUUGCCGCGUUGUGACCGCUUGUGACGCGCAGUGCCGAUUGUUGUUAAUUUCGCCGGGCUCGGCUGAUUCGGGGAUCCGAAAGCUCGCGGGAAUCUCUUCGUUUCGAACGUCCUCGAUCCACGUCGAUCGAUCUCGCAAUCUGAAUCGGCGUAGCUCGGGGAGGACGAAUCAUUCCUCCCGCCCGAGCUGGUGCUAUCGUGCGUGCUAAAACGGUGCCGCUGUUCGUCCGCGAGUGAAGGCACUCUCCGGGUUUACACGGCUCCACCAGCUGCCGCUCGUCAAAGAGAGAAGCAACGCGGAAAGACGGCCGAUCUGAAAAUACACAUCCAGCGGACACCGUGGAUCGAGCAGGAGCGGCCGUGCAGAAUGUGAGAGGGUGUCGAUGCCAGAGAGUGCGAGAAGAGUUCGCAGGACACCGCCAGGACACCACCGGCCCCCUAUUCGUCCGGAGCGCGCGCAUCCUGUGGCAGCCGGGCUCGUCCUAGCGAUGCGACAUUCCACGCUGCUCCCGCAUAGUCAUUGACAAUCGGCAAGAUGCGGAGCGAGGUGGGCGAAUGGCUGGCCACAUGCGUAGGUUCGCCGAUAUGCAUCCUGCUGCUGUCAUGGUCUCUGCUGAUCUACCAAAAUCAAUCAUCGUCCGCGAAAAGGAAGAUCGACGUGCUGACAGUCGCGAUUCUCUCUCAAAGCCUCGCGCAUCAAUUGGGACUACUGCUGUACGCGAUUCUCACCUUGAUCCGUCCAGCAAAUCACUUCGGAGAAUUAUGCUCCACGCUGGUAUGGGUGCUGAACUCGUCGAGCGUCCUCCAGGAGCUGACCCUGACGUCGAUCGCGGUGUUCGCCGCGAUCAGCAGUCGCGACGAGGCGGUGAACCUCACGAAGAACCACCUCAAGUACCACCUGGUCAGCCUGAGCGUCAUCAGCGCCUGCAUCGGCGUCACCGGCGUGCUCAACUUCGAGCCGGAGGUCUGCGUCUUCCUCGCCCACGAAAUCUCCCCUAAGUACGGGAUCUUCGUCAACUCGCUGAGAAGCCUGCUGGUGCUCGCCUCCCUCUUCGGCGUGUUGGUCGCGCUCUUCAGGAACGUUUGCCGCGCCCCGACCUCGGAGCUGCUCAAGUCGGUCUCCGACCUGUCCGAGGCGAGCUCGAAGAACUCCUCGGGGGCGUUCGAGUGUCAGCCCCAGCACUGGGACCCAUCCAGCGGCUCAUGCACCAGCGGCUCCACCAACAGCAGGGCGUGCCUGAGGAAGAAGAGGGUGCAGGUGGACGAGGCCAGCGGCAGGUCCACCGUCUACAGCAUCCUCUUCGUCUGCUACACCUUCGAGCACCUGCCCAUCCUGAUCAUUUCCAUCAGACCGAGCCUCCUGCGGGACUUCUGCACGCCUCAAAACUUAGCGACAUGGCUGCCGCUGGUGAAGGACACGCUGCUUCCGGUCUUCUUGGCUCUCUUCGACAAGAUGUUCUGCCGAUACGUGGCCAAGGUGUACACGAAGCAGGAUCACGCGAGGCGGCUGUCGCACGGCGGCAUAGACGGCAAAUUUCGACACUUCGAGCAGGACACCGAGUACAAGCUCCAGUUGAACCUGAAUCACGGGCUGAAGUUCCCCCUAACCAACGGAAGCCUCUACGGACGGUUGCACAGCCAUCAGAACAGAGCGAAGACCGGUACGAUCACCAUGGGAAUCCAACAGCAUUAUCCCAGGACGCAGCCGGUGAACGAGGACGGCAACUACGCGUCCUUGCCAGCGGAACUGUCGUCUUUCACGAGCUCCACCUUCGAGCCGCGUCAGGAGAGGAUCCUCGAGCAGCCGCCGAAGAAGAAUCCCGCGGAGCAGCAGAACAGCAGACGGCCGAGACCGAACGAGAAUCUGCUCGAGCUCGCCGGCAAUCGCAGGAAGAUCGGCAGCACCGACGUCUUCGGGCAGAACAUGGAGAACCUGGUGCAACUCGAGGACCCGGCCGGCAGCCGGAAGUCCUUCGCCAAGAGCCUCGACGAGAUUCGCGAGGAGCCGUCCAGGCGGCACGCCAGGAGCGUCCUCGGCCUGGAGAGCCUGAUCGUGGGACUGGAGAGCAGCCUGCACGCCCAGCAUUAUCCCAGGAACGCUCUUCGCAGAAAUCAAAGCUUCGAUCACGCCAGAUACCACCGACCCGUGUUUGACACAAAGACCUACAACCUGAAGAAGGACAAUCACACGCGGGAGCAACAGAGCCUGCAUCAACGGCAGGACAGUCAGGGCCACUGCGACGGUUACGACAGCUCCGACGACGAGAGCUGCGACCUGGAGAACGGCGACUUCGACACCAUGAGCUCCUGCAGGAGCAGGAGCAGGAGCUGCUGCUCCGUCACCACGGUCGCCAAUGACGAUUUCGAAUAUUUCCAACGUAAGGGAACCAAGGUGGAGCUGCUGCCCUCGAAGCGAACCGGCGAGGUAAAGGUCAGCAUGCGAUCUUUCACGCCGCGUAUCAUAGAGAACGGCACGGGCGAGCGGGAGGACAAGAAGCGCAGCAACAAGCCGACCGACACGAAGCCCAGCAUACAGUCCUAUCACCUGAAGAGCAAGAGGAUCGGGCCCGGUUACUCGAUGAACGACCUGGACAAGCUCACGAUUGACAGGAAGCUGCCGAACCUCUCGAUGGAGAGCCUCAAGAGCAUCCUGAAGAACUCGGACGUGAGCUAUCUCGACAACGGCGACAUUUGCAAGCACGACAUCGGCGGCUCGGCGCCGGACUUCAAGAAGAUCUUCGUCACGGAGUUCAUAUGAGACGCCCGGACGCGACGUAGACGUGUUCAUAAAGGCGGAAGACCGUACCCUUCGUCCUUGUGAUAUAGCGCCGACAUACCCGUAGACUCGUAGGAAGUUCGCUUCGAAUCCGCGCAGACCGGCGCAACACACGCUCUCACGGUAAAAAAUUGUCGAUUACAAACGACCCGUUCAAGUUUUCGUGUUACUUCAACAUGGAGAAUAUGGUAAAAGGUAUACACAAAAGGGAAGACCCGAGGAGUAAAUAAUUACUUCAAUAAUCCUCAGCAAAUUCUUAAUCGGACCGAUAUCUAUUCGAUCCAGGUAAAAUAUUUCCCCAAAUAAAUGAUCCAAAUACAAUAUAUUUACUUGAUCCGAGUAUAAUUUAUUUAAGUCAAGUAAACAUUUCCUAAGGAAUAUUGGAGCGAUUACUUACUUGAAUGCAGCACUUUUUCCUGUGCAAACAUGUCAAGUUAACAUAUUCACCUUGAUAAAAUCUGACUUUUUAACAUAUUUAUUCUGUUGAAAUGACACAAAAAUAAUGUCGAGGAUGGACCGUUUGUAAGAUAAAAUUUUUUACUGCGAACCAACCGCAGAGGGUAUCUCGAGCGUACUCUCGACGCGAUCCUGCGGAAGCUCGUGUUCGCGGUAGAGGUCUCGGAGAAGUUCGUAAAUUAGAGCAUUCAGGUUCGCGACGAUCCGAAGUCGUCGAUAGAGAGGGAGAUUGACGCGAAUAUUAUAAGUAGUUUGCGCCCAUUGCGCGUAUUUUCCAGACACGGCGAACUGUCUUCACUUUUGUAACAUGAAACCUAAACCUCGUUUAUAGUACGCGAGCAUCUUUGUUUUUUUGAUCGAGCGUCGCAUCCCCGGACUUGUCGUUCAUCGCAAGCUGCGGCCGAUGAGUCGCGAACAACGCGAAAGGCGGAAUUGUCGCGGGCGCGGCGCGCGCCUGUUUUGUAAAAAUUCUGUAAGAUACUUUACGACAGCUAGCGAAAAUCUGUUCCCCGCCGCGAAUACACGAUUCUACACAGCCGCGUUAACCUGUAAAUAUUUUGUAUAUUUGUACUACCGCAAUAUAUUUAAUGUAGCGAGAGAUUAUGUGUAUGUGUGUAUACAAUUACGCGUGGCUCCACGACGUGUUCAUUUGAUUGUCAUGGAAACGACGAUGCGGGUUGUAUAAAUUCAUUGCAAAUAUAUUUUACUUCUGGGUUUAUGCGCGAGGAAGAUACUUCGACAACUGCCUCCCCUCGUCUAGAUCGAUCGAUUUGUACAAAAUCGUCGAUCAUACCACACUGAAUUAAUCGUUAACAUGAAGGAUCGACUGUACACAGUAAUAAAUUUGUGUGAAAUUUAA